AUGCUCCGAAAACCAUCAAUUCUUGUUGAUAGCCAAUGCGGUAAAUCUAAUCCAUUAGCCCAGUCUGUUGAAGACAAUGAUGUACACCCAAGGAGCUUUCCAAUCCGAUGGGGCUCAAUAUCUUCAACACGGCCUGUUCUUUCAGGCCCAGAACAAAUUCGCGUAUAUCACGAAUGGAUUGAUGCUGGGAAGCCUCAUAAUGUAGUUUGUUGGGAGUGUCGUCUCCCUGACAGUCUGAUUGGUUGCCAGACAUGCUGUAGAUCUUAUCAUACAGCAUGCCUAUUGGAUGUGGUCCGCUCUGCCAAUAACUUCCAUUGUCCGUCUUGCCAGGCAAGAGCUUGGGAUCAUGCACCACCCCAGUUCCCUGUACCACCAUCUCCUGCCCCAAGUACUGGUGGGACAACUCCAAUCAGCCGUUCAGACCCGUUAUCUGGAAAUAUUCCAAUUCAAGGCGAUAAAUCAUCAACAAUAUCACGGCGUAAAUCCUCAGUGGUCCCACGAAUGAUGCCUCCCCCUACUUUAAACCGUAUUGAUGAAGUCGAUGCUUGCAGUACGCCAGCUGAGGUAUCUCCUGUUGCAGAGAUGUACCCUCAGCUUCUGGAAUAUCUAGCGCUGCCAGAUGCUGCGGCAGGUAAUUUGGCCCAAUCGUCACAGUUCAAGCAUCAGCUUGGAAUGGCGAUGAAAGAGAUUGAAUCAAAUCGGGCAUCAAUGCGAGACAAGGCGAAUAUCCGAGAGGAAUAUUCAAGAUUACGGCGCGAAAAUGCACAAAUCAAAGCGUACCUUGAUUCUAGGGGCUCGCCCCGAGACACUGCCAUUCCCAGCCCUUCGACUGUUUUACACAGCACCACCCAGAGACCAGUGUCUGAACAAAGGGGAACGGCUUGGGACAGCAUUGCCGCUGAUCUCUUUUGA